AUGAUUAUUUGCAUUUACUUUUGUGAGCAUAUUACAAAAGAACAACCGCUUAUUUUGAAAUUAGUACACGAAAUUGUACCACGUUUAGCUUUCAUAGUUGUUUCCAAACGUUUAAAUACUCGGCUGUUCAUUAAUAAUUGUAAUCCACCACCAGGAACAGUUGUAGAUGAUGUUAUAACAUUGCCGGAACGUUAUGAUUUCUUUAUAGUUUCGCAAAAUGUACGCCAGGGAACGGUUUCUCCAACGAGUUAUAAUGUAAUUUAUGAUACCAUGGGUCUCACUCCAGAUCGUAUACAAAUGCUUACUUACAAAAUGACCCACAUGUACUAUAACUACACAGGUACCUGUCGUGUCCCGGCUGUUUGUCAGUAUGCGCAUAAGUUGGCUUAUUUAGUUGCUGAAAGCAUACAUUGUCCACCCUCUCAAUUGCAUGAAAAAAAUUUAUACUUUUUGAAAAGGGAAUAG